CUCCAAGCUUCAGGCCCCUCAAAUUUCAGACCUAUAAAUGGACUCCCAUCUCACUCUGCUCUGAAUCGCCUCAUUCGGACAAACUCUCUGCUGUGCUUAUUGCUAUUGCAGAAAACGUCAAACGCUACACUACAUAAAGAUGUCAGACUUAGAGAGCUGCCUGGGAACCAUCAUUGAGGUGUUCCACAAAUACUCGUCCAAAGAAGGUGACAAGUACAAAUUAAAAAAGAGCGAACUCAAGGAUCUGCUCACCAAUGAAUUUCCGACUCUUACCGAGCAUGUGAAAGAUCAAGCAACAAUGGACAGUUUGAUGGAAAGCGUGGAUACCGAUGGUGACUCGGAGUGUGAUUUUCAAGAGUUCAUGACCUUCAUCACCAUGGUUACCAUCUGUUGCCAUGAGUUUUUCGAACACCAUGAAGACGAAUGAGUCGAAUUAACAACAACAACAAAAAAAAGUUCAGUUUCCAUAUCUUACUGAGUCACAAUACAUUCAUUCUCUUAAAGUUUGCUUUGUUCUUUUUCAUAUCAUAUUAGGAUUGUUGUUUAGUUUGGACAGAAUGUACAUGCUGUUUAACCAUUAGUUUGUUUUUUUAGAAUCAGAUUGUGUGAAUGUUUUAUUACAAAGCAUGUUUCUAUUAUUUUGGCUAGGCAAUUAUUUUUUUUUUUUCUCCAAGACAUCCCCAUCAUAAAUCUCAUCAAGUGAAAUGCGGACCAGGUGUUGCGCUCUUGCCAUUUCAGUUCCAGGAUGAUUGUAAAAUGUUUUUCCUGAUUAGCUUCAGACUAUUAGGCUGCUAUUGACUUACGUCGGAUUGUUCCAGGGGCCUGAGACAAAUCAUGCUGUGCUUUAAGAAGACCCACCAAAGCAAAUUAUUCCUUUGAAAAUAUCUAAUAUAAUGUUUACAACCAUCCAUAAAUGAUUUGGAAUUUCAAAUCGAUCCCAUAUGUUAUUAAAGGCAUGAAAACUCAUGGUUUUCAUGUAUUAAAUAUCCAGAAAAUGUACUAGAUUUUUUUUUUUUUUUUUAAUAGUACAUGAAUUGUGUUUUCCAAUUGUAACCUUAGCUAACAGUCAAUGUCAAAACAUCUGGCUUAAUUCAUGAAACAAGGAAUUGUCUGUGUAAACCGUAACUAGAUCUACUAAAUCUGCAAAUUAUUAAACUUAAUGUGACAUUUUAUUGAAGAAUGUAUUAGAGUGUAUUAUGAACAAUUUACACAAAUUUGUGUAACAAGGCCCUACAACGAAAGUUUCCUUACAAACUUAAAAAAAAAAAAAGAUGAAUAUGUUUCAGAAGCCAAACUGUUAGAAUUAUGGAAUAAAAACGAGCAAAAUAAAAAUUGUGAACAGAUGAAA